AUGCCCGGCUGGCGUGAGGAGUAUCUCGCGGCCAUUCGAGAGGCCGAGAGGAACAACCCGGUCAACCGGGACCUCAUAGAAGUCUGCUCCCAACUCGCCGACCGCAUCGCCGUCCUCGAGGCCGAAAGGGCGGCAGCAGCACAGACACCAGCCGACCCCACCCCAGCCAGGGCCGCAGCCGGACCGGCAACAACCACCGGCGAGCCACCCCAAUCCGCCGACCCAUCGUCCCCGAUCGACGGCCGGCUGCGCGUCGAGCUAGCCGAGGCGCACCGGUCGCGGGGCCAGAUGCAGGCGCGCCUGCGGGCGGCGGACGACGAGCUGGUGCGCCUGCGGGCGCGGACGGGCGAGGACGCGCGGGCGCUGCGGGAGCUCGGGGCGGAGCGGCGGGCGCUCGUGGUGCGGUUGCGGGACCGCGACGACGAGCUGCGGCAGAAGAACAAGCUCGUGGCCGACGUGCAGGACGAGCUGGCCGUGCUGAACCUGCAGCUGACGGUGGCGGAGCGGGAGCGCGCAAAGGCAAAGGACGAGACGCGCCAGCUCGUCGACCGCUGGAUGCGCAAGAUGGGCCAGGAGGCUGAGGACAUGAACCGCGCCAACGAGCCUGCUAUGGCGAGGAAUCGAUGAGGCACGCGGGCGGCGUGACUGGCUGAUAUCGGGGGAAGCACCAGGGGAGCGAGCGCUGGACGCAUUUCUACCGAGCACAUACGAGCGAGGUCCGGAGGAGGGUCAUUAUGCGAUAUAACUCGCUCGACGAGAGAGAGGGGCGUUUGCUAUGGCAUCAAAUUUUUAUGCUCUAUAGAGGUAUGUGAAACUAGAACACCUCCAUCUUUCCAUGACCCCCCUCAAAAGCGCGACGAACCGACCAUUCCCAGCCC